CAGAUUUAACGGCCAUGAUUUCGUGUUUAAUUUUAAUUCGCCGGCUCUCUUUGCUGUGUCUCGAUUUUUUGACAGAAACGAAAAAAAAUCUUCGAUGAGAUAAUAAUAUCAGCAAAGAGCGGAAGAAGGCAAAAAGAGAGAGAGAGAGAAGCUUCCAUUUAGCCCAUAGAGAUCCGUGGAGGAGAAUUUCUAGCAGACCGAUCUGUCGUCUCUGUUUCUACGAAUCUCUGUCUUUGUCGGAAACUUGAUUUCUCUGAACCAUAAAUAUGGGUUUGUGGGAUGCUUUUCUCAAUUGGCUUCGUAGCCUCUUCUUCAAGCAAGAAAUGGAGCUUUCAUUGAUAGGUCUUCAAAAUGCAGGGAAGACAUCACUUGUUAACGUUGUUGCAACCGGUGGAUACAGUGAAGACAUGAUUCCUACGGUUGGUUUCAACAUGAGGAAAGUGACAAAAGGAAGUGUCACAAUCAAACUUUGGGAUCUCGGUGGUCAACCUAGGUUCCGCAGCAUGUGGGAACGCUAUUGCCGUUCUGUUUCCGCCAUUGUGUAUGUGGUUGAUGCUGCUGAUCCUGACAACCUUAGUGUGUCGAAAAGCGAGCUUCAUGAUUUGUUGAGCAAGACGUCGCUUAGUGGUAUCCCUCUUCUAGUCCUUGGUAACAAAAUCGACAAGCCUGGAGCUCUGUCCAAAGAAGCCUUAACCGAGGAAAUGGGGCUCAAGUCUCUUACCGAUAGAGAAGUCUGUUGCUUCAUGAUAUCUUGCAAGAACUCUACCAACAUUGAUCAAGUGAUUGAUUGGCUUGUAAAGCACUCCAAGUCUGCAAGCUAAACUUUGCGCCAAAACUACUGAACCCUCUGCAAGUUUCUUUUCUCAGUCUUCCUGUGUGUUCAUGACGAUGGUGGUUAUGGUGAUGGUAGAAGAAGACAGUUUUUUUCCUUAUUUUUUAAUCCUGUGUAAAACGAGAUUUGUCAUUGUUUUCUUCUGAUUCUUUGUUGUCUUUAUUCUUCUGCGUCUUCUGCUGUUCUCUGUAUAUUAGCUUAAAUUUGGUUUUUCUUCUUCUUAAGCAAUGAGAUUCACCUUCCUUCAGGAUCGGAUUUUACAAUUUUACGACUUCAUUGCAUAAUGUGAAAG